AGUGCAGUUUCCUCUCCCCUUGAGACUGCUGCAGUGCUGGUGCUCAGUGAGGGAGGGCAGCUGUGUGGUUUGCUGUGCCAUCUGGAGGUAACUGACAACAUAGGACAGCAGAGGGAGCUUCCUCAAAUAGUACACGACGCUUUGCUCAUCCCCCGGUUUAAGUAUUUCUGAACAUCAGAGUUCUCUAUCAAGUAAAAGGAAGUUGGAAGGGGAAAUGCCACCUCUGUGACAUAUCACCCAAAGAAAAACGGAGUGACUUGCCAUUAUUUUGGAGACAGCAAGAAAAGAACAUCUCAGAAGUGGGGCCUCAUUCUUUGAUUUUUAACACAAGAAAAAGAGGAAUUGUUCUUCGGCAAGUGGCGAAUAUAAAUCCACCAUCUUUUAUAUUCAGGAGUUUGGACACCCAGUACACCAUCCAGCCUCUCCUCUUUUGCAAACAUCACAAGAGAACCCUCUGUGUGGGGCAAUUGAAUUGUUUUCUGCUUCUGCUGGGUGUUAACUGUGAGGUGCUCAGUUCUCACUUGGCUUGAAAUUAUUUGCUUUGGUUUUCCAUCCUCCUCAGCAGAAGCCAUGGGUCACACACUGAAGCGGGGAACUCCACCACCCAAGCGCCCAUCCCUCAUGCUUUUUCAGCUCUUGGUGCUGGCUGGUCUCUUUUACUUCUGUUCAGGAAGAAGAUUCUGACACAUGUAAAACACAGAGGAACCUGGAUAGUAUUAUGCUGAGUGGAAUAAGCCAGUCACAAAAAGACAAAUACUGCAUCAUGCAGGUGACCAAAACAGUGAAAGAAAUAGCAGUGCUAUCUUGUGAUUACAACAUAUCCACUGAAGAACUGACCGAAGUUCGCAUCUAUUGGCAAAAAGAUAAUGAAAUGGUGCUGGCGGUCAUGUCUGGAAAAGUGGAAGUGUGGCCCGAGUAUGAGAACCGCACCUUCACUGACUUCACCAGUAACCUCUGCAUUGUGAUCCUGGCUCUGCGCCUGUCAGACAAAGGCACCUAUACCUGUGUCAUUCAGAAGCCUGAGAAAGGGACUUACAAACUGAAGCACCUCACUUCGGUGAAGUUAUUGGUCAGAGCUGACUUCCCUGCCCCUAGUAUUAGUGACCUCGGAAAUCCAUCUCCUGACAUCAGAAGGAUAAUCUGCUCAACUUCUGGAGGGUUUCCAGAGCCUCACCUCUCCUGGUUGGAAAAUGGAGAAGAAUUAAACGCUACCUACACAACACUUGCCCAAGAUCCUGAAACUGAGCUCUACACGAUUAGCAGUGAACUGGAUUUCAAUGUGACAAGGAACCACAGCUUCAUGUGUCUUGUCAAGUAUGGAGACUUAACAGUGUCACAGACCUUCAACUGGCAGAAAUCAGCCAAACCAGCCCCGUCCGCUAAUCAGCUCCUGCCCUGGGCCAUUAUUAUCCCGAUCUCAGCAUCUCUGAUCAUUGCACUAAUACUAGGACUAGCAUGGCUGUUCUGCAGACUUGCUGCAAGACAGAGAGAGAGAAGGAGGAAUGAGGAGAGCUUGGAAAUGGAAAGGCUCUCUCCAGUCUGCAUAGGACGUGUGGAAGGAUCGGGCUGACCAGAACACAUGGAGGUCCCACCUCCAUCUGAGAUUGACCUCUUCUUGAAUUUCCUCAAAUGACCAAGAUUAUCACAUCUCGCCCUUCAUGUACCUGUUCUCUGGGAGCCUCUUCGUACCAGUGGCUUUGCAGAAAGUGAUCAGAGGAAUAUGGUGGGGUCAGAAGUAGAUCUGGUGACUCUGACCAAGGAUUUGAAAACAGAAUUCCUUAGACCUGGAAGAGACAUUCGUGAAUACUAGUCUUACUAAUGACAAGGAUAUCGGAGUCCUGGGAGGUAACUUGAAUUGUAAAGGCCAGGGCUAGAACUUAGAUUUCCUUGCUCUGGUGCUUUUCCUUCAUCAAUCCAUCUCUGUGCUAUUAACUGGUGUGUGUGUAUACACACACACCAGUCAUAGUGCUUCUGGAAACAGAAACUUACCAUCAUCAAGGUCAGCUUCAGAGAUGAUCUGAUGCAGCACUGGAGGAUGCUGUGUUGUUAAAAGCAACCUAAUGCGAAUGUGUGGGAAGUGUGUGGUGUGCACACCAAAUGAGGAUAAUGGAAAUAUUACUGGUGUUUAGCUAGCAGUUCAUUUUCAUUGUUCCUCUCCCACUUCUCUACCAGGUUCAGGAGGAAGCAGAUCCAGCUAAAACCAAUUUCCUCUGGCAUGUAAGAGGAAUGAGUUAUACACAUCAAAGUAACAGUCAGAUUGGAGAGGGAUGGUUUACAUUCUACUGGUUCACAUUGGACUGAUAAUCUCCUUAAAUGGCUUUAUGCUAGUUUAGUCUCAUUUGUAAAGUAUUUAUGACAAAGUUCUCAUUUAAAAUGAGACAGAUCAUCCAUGAAGAGCUCAUCUGACUGACCCCAAGGCCACCAACUUAACUCCUGAGGUGCUCUGUAGGUAGUAGAGGCUGGCAGAGAGCAGACUCAAGUCCUCUUUAUAGGGGUGGCCCAAAUGUUGUCACUACAAAGCCUCUAAGGAUCCCUCCAUUGAAAUGGAAUAUUGUGCGGGGUACAGAGGCACCAUGGUACUGAUCUAGUGGGAGAUCACCCAACUCCACUUGGGCCUAAGCCCACAGUGCAACCUAGACCUAGAAGCACAAAGAAAUCUAAUUGUGGAACACCACCCUGUAACUGAGGUACAGUGUAGCUUUUGAAAAUUCAAAACUAUAAUACCUCUAGGGACAAAAAUAAAUGAUGUUCCCGCUCCAAAAAUUAAACAAUAGAUUAAAUUAUGCUAAAUAGUCUAAGAGACAGGCUGUACCCAGAACAAAAUUACUUUAGAAAAUAAAGGUAGUGAAUUGACAAGAACUUGAAGCAAAGAAACAAAUAACAAGAAAAACCCAGGAAUUGCUGCAUUUAGUUAAGUCAGUACAAUCCUUGGACAUGAUCAAAAGUUCUUAAAAAUUCGCUACAAAACAGUACAAAUCUAAAAAAAUUUAUGAAAUAAAUUAUAAAAAUUAUUAAAUAAAAUUUAAUAUUUUUUCAAAGAGUUAUAUUUUACUUUCAUUCUGACAUUUUUGUGAUAUGAAUAAUUUUACAACCAACCAUCAGAUUUUUUAAUUUGUAGCUGAAGGAUUUAAUCUAUAUGUGAAUAAAACAAUAAACAGAUUGACUAAUUGCCAAUCUGUCAGCAAUUUAUGAAUGGGAUGCUUUGUGGAGUGUGGCAAUAAUACGUAAAUCAUGGUAAAACAUACUAGCACAAAGGUUUUCAUAUCCUUUUUGUUGUUUUGGGGAAGUAGGGGGAAGUAUUAGGGUUUUUAUUUUAGAGGAAGUACCGGGGAUUUGAACCCAGGACCUCACGUAUGCUAAGCGUGCACUCUACCACUGAGCUAGAUUCUCCCUGCCAGUUCUCAUAUCCUUUUAACUGCUGAUACGUGUUAUCAGAUGAUGCCCUGUGUCCCACGGCAUUGCACUAUGCUUUACACACAUCAUUUCAUUUAAUGACCAUUCUGAGGCAGAUGCUGUCUCAAUUGACAAACGAGAAAACUUGAGAUUCAAAGUCAAAUGGCUCUGCUGUAGGUCACCUGGCUGUGAAGCCACAGGGCUGACAUUCCAGGACAGUGGUUCUGCCUCCAGAGCCCACAGUUUUAGCCACUACUCCAGGCUGCUUCCCAAACACUGCUCAUGUGAACAACAGUAUUUUCAGAGUAGGAACUAAGAGACUAACCCCAAACAAAGCACGAGCAGUUUUUCCCUCAGGACACCUUAUUCAGUCAUUUCAAUGUUACCAUCUGCAGGGCAGCCUCUUCUGGGCAGCAAGCUCCCGGAGUGCAGAGACUGGGUAUCUAUUCUGAGUCACUUUUGCAUGCUACAGCAGAGAUACUUGGUCUGCAAUACUGACAGAGGAAACAAGGUCUGAGUGUUUCUUUAAUAAUGUUUACCUACUUCCUUUUUGUUAAGUUUUAUUUUCUUUCAAAUGGCAUAGAAACCAUCUUUGAUUUUUAUUAAAAAAAACACUACUAUACAAUUAGGCCCUUACUGUUUCUAGGACCAAGGGCACAAGAGUUUCACUUGCCAUUUGCCUUACCUGGUUCUUUCCUUUCCUCCUC